GGCGGUGGCGCUUGGCGAGGGCUGUCUGUGGCUGGCCGCGCACCCCUCCCGCUCGACCCCGAGACCCUGCAGCUGAGCCUCAUUUUCCGCUCCUUGUAGUAGCGGAGCAAGCGCCGCACGGGGCAACCCUACGGUGCAGCCCCAUUGCUGGCCUUGGGGCGGGUCGCAACUAUUGGGACGGGACGGAGCGGGCUCGGGGAUCCCCACCGCCCCAGGCCCCGGUGCGUGACUGACCCACCCGUUCCCAGAGCCCCCCGCGCAGGCCGGGAUGUUCGUCCUGGUGGAGAUGGUAGACACCGUGCGGAUCCCCCCGUGGCAGUUUGAGAGGAAGCUCAACGACUCCAUUGCCGAGGAGUUGAACAAGAAGUUGGCCAACAAGGUCGUGUACAACGUGGGACUCUGCAUCUGCCUGUUUGACAUCACCAAGCUGGAGGACGCCUAUGUGUUUCCGGGGGACGGUGCGUCACACACCAAAGUUCACUUUCGCUAUGUGGUGUUCCAUCCGUUCCUGGACGAGAUUCUGAUUGGAAAUAUCAAAGGCUGCAGCCCGGAGGGAGUGCACGUCUCUCUAGGGUUCUUCGAUGACAUUCUCAUCCCUCCAGAGUCGCUGCAGCAGCCGGCCAAGUUCGAUGAGGCGGAGCAGGUGUGGGUGUGGGAGUACGAGACGGAGGAAGGAGCGCACGACCUGUACAUGGACACCGGCGAGGAGAUCCGCUUCCGGGUGGUGGACGAGAGCUUUGUGGACACGUCCCCCACCGGGCCCAGCUCGGCCGAUGCCGCCUCUUCCAGUGAGGAGCUGCCAAAGAAGGAGGCUCCGUACACGCUUGUGGGAUCCAUUAGUGAGCCGGGCCUGGGCCUUCUCUCCUGGUGGACUAGCAGCUAGCACCGGGGCUUGACACCGGGCCCUGCCCAGCCCUCGGGAGGGUGGUGCAGGGUCCUGAAGACAGCGGUGGUUCUGCAGAUGCCGAGGACCAGCCUGUGCCCUGCCAGGUUGCCCCCUCCCCUCCUCCUCCCAGACCUACCCCGCUGAGUCCCACCGUCCACAUGGACUUCUGCGUGUCGGCAACAACAGAGACAUUUAAUAAAUGAUGGCCGCAUCAGUUGGGAGAGCCACCCUUGUCUCCGUGUUCUAAGGUUACCGAGUUGCCACAGCUGGGACAGUUCCUCACCCCGGAUCACUUCUGGAGAUGACUCAAUGGCAGGACUUGGGGUUUGAGAGAUCCAGGCUAUGCUCUGGGCCAGCUGAGCUUGGUGGCUCCAUAAAGUAACACAGAGAGCAAGAGGCUGGCCUGGGGCAGCUGCCAGUUGCUGAUCAGAGUCUGACCUUUAAGGGAAAAACCAUCUUCCCACCCGCAUGUGGAAGGUGGGACGGCCUGGACUCAGCUGACCAGCUCCAUCAGGAAAGUGGAUGCUGUGGAUUUUGCUGGCCCAAGGGGGUGAGGGCUGGUGACCUGCUGUUAUUCC